UUACAUUUUUCCUACUCAAACCGACCACCAUAUUCAAAUCACGUCUCGCUAACAAAAUCAUCCAUGAAAACGAAAAACUCCAAACACCAAAACUUACAAACUCUUUACAGAUAAAAAUGAGGAUCCUUUCCACCCUCAUUCUGGGCGUUUUACUACCCCUAGCGGCGCGCGGCGACCAAUCACAGCUCGAGCUGUCCGAGGGCCAGCCAUUCAGCGAGCAGCUAUUCGGCGAGGGAAAGAGGCAGAUAGAGACGCCGGAGGUGGUUCUGCAGUUGAAAUAUGACCGGGGAGAACUGAAUAGGAUAUAUUUGGCGCAGUUUCGCAAGAACAAAGAACGCUGGGCGCCGUCAGUGCCUGCCACAGAGAAUCUGUGUUCGGACCUGUGCCACUCAGGACUGGGCGGGCUUCCCUGCGGCGAAACAUGCGCAGACAUGAUCCCAGUGGGCCUCAAGUCCCACCUGAUGGAAGACCCACACGAAAACAUAACAGACGCUGAAUACGGGGAGCCUCGUGUGGGCGUGUGUCCGACACUGUGUCAAUACGGACUGGGUCAACCGCUGUGCGCGUGCAGCAGUGGGGAGUUGCCGGUAGCUUGGGACGUCGUCUGUGCUGCUUUCUGCUCCGACAAAUAUGAGCUCAGAGGUUGUCCAGCCUGCUCCACCGACCUCACGACUGCUACUGCAGCCGCGGCGGGCCGUUCCGUGGCAACCGCCCUCGUGCUGUCAACCUCCGACGGCUGGACGGCGUGGUGCAACGCCCAGUGUCGGCAGGGGCACGGCGGGGCCGCCUGCAACUGCGACCGGGCACCCUUCCAGUAACCAACAACUAGCCUAUAACUGUAACCAGUAUCUAGGAUAACAACCGACGCCAACGUUAAUUAUAAUAACAUGCCUCGCUAGGGAAGCGGUGACCAGUCUUAAACAACUGUAACCUACAAGAGUAACCAACACUCACGUCAACCUCUAGGCUCGUAAGCAUCAGGGAAAAUUAAAACGAGGUUAUAAGUUUGAAAAAUUCUGUCGCUGUUAUGCGCAGCCCUACAAAGUUCAAACAUCAACGGAUUUUGUAUGUGGACAGUAACGUCAGUAACAUGACACCGUUUCUUCAUGUAUCCACAAGUCAGCUAACCAUGGUACCAACACUAUUAAUUAUUUAUUUUUAUUUUUAUUCUACCGUUUAAAGUUGAUUGUCCCAAAAUAUACAAGUUUUACCUUUGUGUUAUUUAAGACCUUUUAAGAGAUUUCAAACCCUUGUGUUAAAUUAAAACAAAAUAGCAUAUUUUAAAGUUUUUUUACGUUUUUAGGUGCUUGAUGAAAUUAUGUGCAAUAUAAUUUAAUUUUUUAAAUAUAUAUUAUAUAUUUUAAAUAUAGGUAACAAUAAC